AUGGGUAUUUGCGCUUCAUGUCUGGGGCGUAGUCCUCCAGAAAGUCAAGAUGGCGAGUCCUCCCGCCUUCUCGAAGAAGACAUCUAUAACCAACCCGGCUAUGGCUACGGAUCUCUCAACAAUGCCAGUCAAGGCAACCACCCUGACCCAGGCUACCUGAAGCGCGAACGUGAAGCCCUAGAAGCAAUCUGUCAAAGAACCUCGGACUCCGUCAUUGACAUCUGGUCAAUUCAACCACAGCCCCAUCUGCAACCUCACGCGACCCUCCCCAGUGCCGUCGCUCCCUCCACCUCGACGUCCGACGCCCUUCCUCCUGUUAAAGUCACGAAAACGGACACGACGCCCCCGCGCCCGCCGCGCCGAUCCGCCGCUUCGCCCAAGCCCGGCGGGACGGUCCCGAAGCAUUGGGGGGAGGUCGUCAUCAACACGCGCAAGAAUCGGUCGCGGCCGGGCUCGAGCACGGAUGAGAAUGGGUCGAGGGAUGUGUUUGGGGUCUUGAAAGUGACUUAG